AUGAGGUUAUCAACAAUUGCACUUGCCACGGUCGCUUCGGCCCUGCAGACUCUGCCCCCAGUUGAGUGGGAUCGGCAGGACUCCUACUCAGACAGUUCCCAUGAAUUUUCUCUCAAGAAAGCCGAACAUGUCAUCUACCUCCAGGACGAAUUUGCUCACUGGAGAGAUCAAGAUGGCCUUACGUUGAUCCCACCCUCUGCGUUAGAUUUUGCCCGCACGCUUCGUGAAGAUCUCGAGGAGAUCACCGACUCUUCAUGGCAUAUUGAAACAGUUAACCAGCCUCCAAAGAAAGCUUCGGGGAUUUUUCUGAGUCGAUCUCACGCACCUUCUCGUUUCACAUAUGAAGACGGAUCGACGAGCGAGGAGGGCUAUGAAUUGAUUGUCGAAAACAAUCGCGUGUCGAUCCAGGGAUCGGGCGCCCGAGGAAUGUGGUGGGGGACGCGAACGCUGCUACAACAACUCGCGUUAAGCCCUCAUGCCUCUGUUCCUGUAGGUCGAGUGAGGGAUGCGCCAGCCUAUGCGACCCGAGGAUUUAUGCUGGAUGCAGGACGAAAGUGGUAUUCCUUAGACUAUCUUAAGGAUCUCUGCACCUACGCCUCGUUCUUCAAGCUCUCCGAGUUCCACUACCAUGCGACCGACAAUUAUCCGCUCAGUCGAGGCCCCAAUGUUUCAUGGAAUGAGGUGUACUCGCAAUUUGCUCUUCGACCAGACAACCCAGCUCUUCUGCCUCUUGUACAGCGAGAAAAUGAGACUUUGUCGCGUGCCGACUUUGAAGACUUUCAAAGCCACUGCGCUGCUCGGGGAGUGACAGUCAUUCCUGAGAUCGAAAGCCCCGGUCAUUGUCUUUCCAUCACCAAAUGGAGACCGGAUCUGGCUUUGGAGUCCCGCGAUCUUCUGAAUCUCUCUCAUCCAGAUACUGUGCCCUUGGUGAAAUCCAUAUGGUCAGAGUUCCUGCCAUGGUUCCAGACGAAAGAGGUGCAUAUCGGGGCUGAUGAGUAUGAUUCGACGUUGGCGAACGACUACAUCGAAUUUGUGAAUGAAAUGUCUCAAUUCAUCCGUGAAACUUCUGGAAAGGGGAUUCGCAUCUGGGGAACUUAUGAGCCGUCCGAUACUCUUUCGAUCGACAACAACAUCACCAUCCAGCACUGGCAGUAUGGGCAAUCAGACCCCGUGAUGCUAGCCCAGGAUGGUUAUCAAAUCAUCAAUUCCGAGGAUUGGUGGGCUUACAUGUCCUUGAAGAACAACCAUGUUCCUAUAUCUCCGGCGCCUUACCCGCAAUUCUUCAAUAACAGUCGAGUGUUGAACUUUGCCGACAAAGAAGGAUGGCAGUGGACCCCGCAACUAUUCAACCCCGUCAACAUAACAGAACAGCCUGAGCAGAAGGCGGUCCGUGGAUCGAUCCUUGCCGCUUGGAACGACAAUGGACCUGACGCAACGACUCAGUUGGAAUCAUACUACGCCAUUCGAAACGGAAUUCCUGUGGUUGCCUCUCGCGCUUGGACUGGCAGCCGAGGACCACGACUCGAUGAAGCUGGCCUCGAAGACACAAUCGAGAUCUUGGUUCCCAACGCAGUAGGAGAGAAUCUUGAUCGGCAACUCAAAUUGAAGAAGAACUCACGGGCUCCUUUGAUCUCUUGGACGAAACCGCGCUCAGACCCCCCACAGGGGCAGUUUUCCCUGGGGUAUGGUAGCAAGGGAAUGAACUAUACUUUGCAAUUGAGUGUUGCAGGCCCCUUCACUCUCGAAUCAAACGAUACAAUUCUCUCUCUUUCUGAUGCCGGCCAAUUGACAUUCACCUCUGAUGGCUGGCCGUAUCCGCUUCGUUCCGUUGCUGAGGCGGACGGAUUUGACCCAGCUGCGAUUGGCAGGAUUUGGGUGAAUGCUACCAGCUCGACCCAUGAAGUUGUCCAAGUGCCUCGGAACUGCAAAAUUACCAUCACAUCCGACGCAUUCACUGGAAGCCGGGUGUGGGUGGAUGAUCGAUUUGUAGGACGAUUCGAGGUUUUUGUGUACGGUGGGAAGAAUCAGGCCUUUUCUUGGAGCCAGAUGGCCUUUGUGGCACCAUUGGAUGUCAUUACAGGAACUGGACUUGAAAAGAUUGUGCUGCAUUAA